GAGGACCAGACCGCUGGCUCCCGUCUCGUCAAAUCGCGGUGCAUUGUGGGGCGGAGGCGGCCUUUCCUCUCUGUCUAUACACCGCAAAGAGCAGUAGACGAUUAUAGGCACAUCUUUUUAAGUAAAUAACGUUCCCGUGGAGGGGAGUCUCAAACAAGCAAAGACAAAAUACCCCCAAAGUGUGUCGGAUAAAGCCUUUAUUAUUGGUAUCAACCACCCGUUUGGUCGACAAACAUGGGGCAGGAGGAUCUCAUGAGCACGGCCGAAGACGUGGCAGACCAGUUCCUGCGGGUGACCAAACAGUACCUGCCUCACUUGGCCCGUCUGUGUCUUAUUAGCACCUUCUUGGAGGACGGCAUCCGCAUGUGGUUCCAAUGGAACGACCAGCGGGACUACAUCGAGGUCACAUGGAACUGUGGUUACUUCCUGGCGACCUGCUUUGUGCUCAUUAAUCUAUUAGGCCAGCUUGGUGGCUGUAUCCUCAUCCUCAGUAGAAAUUUUGUACAGUAUGCCUGUUUUGGAUUAUUUGGCAUCAUAGCGCUACAGACUAUUGGCUACAGCAUUUUAUGGGAUAUUAAAUUUUUGAUGAGAAACCUAGCUCUGGGCGGUGGUCUCCUGCUGCUGCUAGCUGAGUCACGUUCGGAAGGAAAGAGCAUGUUUGCUGGCGUGCCAUCCAUGGGCGAGAGUUCGCCCAAGCAGUACAUGCAACUGGGGGGCCGCAUACUGCUGGUUCUCAUGUUCAUGUCUCUUGUCCAUUUUGACACCAGCUUCCUCUCUAUCCUGCAAAACUUGGUGGGCACUGCUCUCAUCAUCUUGGUGGCUAUCGGUUUUAAGACCAAGCUGGCAGCGCUUACCUUGGUCCUGUGGCUGCUAGCAAUGAACGUCUACUUCAACGCCUUCUGGAACAUCCCCGCCUACAAGCCCAUGCACGAUUUCCUCAAGUACGACUUCUUCCAGACCACGUCUGUCAUCGGCGGCUUGCUCCUGGUGGUGGCCCUCGGGCCUGGCGGCGUGUCCAUGGACGAGAAAAAGAAAGAGUGGUAGAGAGGGGGGAAAGUGAUACAUAGCACCACCAACCAGGACCCAAAAACACACCCCCAUCCCACUCGCUAACUAUUGUUUCACCUGGAUGCACAGGGUUACUCUAUAUGUUUUCAAUUAUUUGGGCCAAAAACUGAGACACUGAUCCCCCUUUUUGUUUCUUUAUGUCAUGGCUCUCAUUGGAACAUGGUUAUAUUCUUUCUAAACUACGUUUCACAAUGACAGGAAGAUGAAAAAGGCCCGUAUAUUUCAAGUUAAAAUUUCUAUUUGUCCUGUGAAUGGGUAAACACAUACAUAUCCUGUUUUAUUGGUGUUAGCGUGGAUCGGGAUUUCCCAAAUUUUUGUUGUCGUUUUGUCAACCUGAGAUUUGAAAUUUAUUUCCUCCUGGUAACCCAAAAUGUUGUUUACAAAUGAAUAAAAAAAACACAAAUGAAUCAAAAAUCCCUUCUGCCACGAAAAGGUGCGAAAUGAAAUUGUACUCUUGAUAAUCAGGGACACCCUAGAAAUUGAAGUUUAGGAAUCGACAGACCUUCAUAUUCGAAAAUGCAGUUGUUGGGGUAGCCAACAUAGAUGCUGAUCAUAACCAUGUAUGGUGAGACCCGUAGUGGGUGUCCCGUCCUGCCUUCUGUUCAGCUGGGUAUCCAUAAGCCAAACAACCGACUGACAAGCCAUGUUUGUAGUGGGGGUGGGGGUGCACAUGAUGUACAAAAUAAUGGAUUAUCUUUCUCCAUUUGAAAAUCACAUUGCGGUUGUUGGAGCCAGGACUUGUCGUUGGGCGCUUUGCUUCCGUAUGUAGUGAACUGUGUAUGUGUGGGGGUUAAAGGUGGGGAGGCUCUAUUCAUGUUCUGUCAUAUGCCAUAUUCUGCGAUCUAGAAGCGCAACAAGGACUAAGCAGACUGUUUUUGAUCUCUCUGCUUGGUGUUUUUUGCCCAAAUAAAAUAUUCUGUGUUUUGA